AUGUCAAAUCAAAAGGAAUUGGGUGAACUUGGAGAUCUCAAGAACGCCAAGAAUCUUGGAAGUAAAGGGAACGUUCAAAACCCCUUGGGUGCAAACGUAGGAAAACUGGAGACAGGCGCAAAAGUCGAGGGCACCAAAGCUGAGGGCAACUUGGGCAAGACCGAGGGCGAAAAGGGCAAAACAGAAGGUCAGCUAGGCAAAACAGAAGGUCAACUCGGCAAAAAUGAAGGUCAAUUGGGUAAGACUGAGGGACAAGCUGGUAAAACUGAAGGCCAAUUGGGCAAAACCGAGGGACAGCUUGAAAACAAGGGUCAGAGCUUCACAAGUAAGGAAAGUUCGGGCCAAGCGGGCAAAACUGAGGGUGCCUUGGGAAAAACCGAAGGUGAAUUGGGCAAGAAGUGA